CACAUACUCACACACAGGCCUCAUGACUGAGUCAAGCUCAGUUUUUAGUGUGUAGCCGAGUUGAGAUAAGGCUUUCUGGGAAACGUAGCCCAGUCUGACAGCAUUCCAUUUAGAAAUAACCAUGAGUGCGCAACAGCUGGGACUUUCCUUGACACUCUAAGCAACUUGGAUAUAUAAAGCUCUGUAAGGUGUCCCCUGAUGGCCAUGUCUUCCCCCCGGUCGUCUGUGUUUACAUUCGAGUCCACAGUGCAUUCCUCCCAUGUGCUGCGCCGCCUGGACGAGCAGCGCCACCGGGACACGCUGUGUGACGUGACCGUGGUGGUAGAGGGCGAGAGUUUCAGAGCACACCGCUCGGUGCUCGCCUCCUGCUGCGAGUACUUCGCACAGAGGAUCUCCUCCCUCGCACAGCACGGAGCGGUCAUCACCCUGCCCCAAGAGGUGACAGUUGCUGGCUUUGAACCUUUGCUGAAGUUUGCCUACACGUCCAAACUUCUCUUUGGGAAAGACAACGUCUUAGAAAUACGCAACUCUGCCUCCAUUCUUGGUUUCAGGGACCUUGACGACGCAUGUUUUGACUUCCUCUUACCCAAGUUCUUGUCCAGCAGCCAGGGCUCCACCUCUUUUCAGAGAAAGACCUGCUGCAAGAAGAAAUGCAAGAGGCGAUCUUCUCAGGAAGAUGGCAGCAUCACCUCUAGCGAUCCAUUGUUGGAUAAGAAAGAAGUCAAACCAGUCGCUGACUCACCGUCGCAGCAGGAAGUGGCUUGGACCUGUCUCAAAUCAGCGAACGGCAAUAGAGGAGGUCAGAACGGUGCAGGCACUCCCACACCUGCAGCCGAAGGGACUAAUGAACAUCUCAUGCAGUGUCCAAAGUAUCGCAGGCAGCUGGCCUGUGGGAAGGAAACUUGUGUCACAGAGAAAAGUCUGAGCAAUCGGGCAACAGUAAUCAGGGAUGACUGUGAUCUUUCCUGCUCGCCUCGCUCCAGCACUGGCAACAGCAAGAGUGAAAGUGAGCUGGAAUUCCCUGUAAAUUCAGGCUCAAAGCCGGACAGCCAGAUGAGAGGUGGGGCUGACGAUCUAUGGAAAACUGAGAUGUGUGACAAGAAAACAGAGGCUGGCGCUGAUACGGUCAAGAGGGAAACAAGUGAAAGAGAUAUAGAAAUGAAGGCAGACAUCAACGUUUCAGACAGACCCAAUGUCAAGGCAGUCUCCUCAGAGUCAAGCUCAGCACUGGGGGAAGGCUCAUCGGGGUUAAUAUUGCACCACUGCCCCCUGAAGACCUUUGGUGACGGCCCUGCAAUCACUGUGUCGCUGGGGCAUGAGAAGUUUGACAUGGACAUCACAGAGGACAGGAAUAAAAGGGACACUGGUGUACCAGCGCCAGUAUCAGUCUGUCAAAAGGCAGAGGAACUGGUAGAAGCUGGGUGGAAAAGGGCCGAUGAAGAGAGGGGGUCCAUCUGGCUCGAGAGAGGAAAAGGGGGACAAGGCCUUGAAAGGAGCAUCAUGGAAAGGGAGGUGGCUGAGCACCUGGCCAAGCAGCUGGGGUCGGACGCGCCUCAGCCGGGCUUCCACGACCUCGACGCAGGAAGCUCCUCCGAUACGGGGAGCGGUCGGGCGCAGAGCACGUCCCUCGGGUGGCUGAAUUUCCACGCCAGCCUCAGCGCCAGAAGCGGCAGCUGUCCCUUUUUACAGGAUCUGGACCAAAACAAGUGUUUAUGGAAGGGAGCGGAGCUGUCCGAGUGCGAGGGGGCGUCUCAGUCGGGCGUGUCGUCCCUCAACUCGGGCGAGGAUGGAGACUCGGGGACGGAAACGGAAGGGGACAGCGAGUCCUACACGAGAGAGAGGGCCAGACAGGUGCAGUUGCCGUUCUCUGUCGACUGGAUUGUGGAUCUGAGCCGAAAUGACUUCCAGCAACUGCUGAAGCAACAGGUCUUUACAAGCGAACAGCUGGAAUUCGUCCACGACAUGAGACGGCGCAGCAAAAACCGCCUCGCAGCUCAGCGGUGCCGCAAGAGGAAACUAGACUGCAUUUAUAACCUGCAGUGCGAAAUCAACAAGCUGAAGACAGAGAGGGAGAAACUGAUGAUGGAGAAGAGCCAUCUGGGGCAGCUGAAGUUGAAAGAAUGUCACAAGGUGUCUGCGUUGUGCCAGAGGGUCUGCAGCGAAGCCAACCUGCUGCCCGAGCAGCUCCAGGUGUUCGCCAAGUACACCUCGCCCGACUGCCCUCUCUCCUCUCUGUUUCCUCACAUAGACGCUCUCCUUUCGCAGCACGGGCUGCCACCCCAGGUCCAGGCCUCGCUCUCGGCCUGUUCCGCGGCCCUCGACGACUACGUGGCGUCCGAGGAGGCUUCAUCCGGCUCCAGCAGGGAUACGCUCACACGAGACAGCCAGCACUCGCUUUAGAUACACAUCCAGCACGCGUACUGCUGCUGUGUGGGACCCAACCUGUAUCAUCACAGAGUGUGUGAAGACAUUACCACAGAGCGUGGACUGAGUGCAGGCUGCAACAUAACGCAGUGGCUUGUGAUGUGACCAAACAUGUAUCACGAGAAGGCUGUACGCUUCGAUUUGACUUCUCGAUUUAAGUUACUUUUGAGAAGUCAGGAAUGUAUUCCAAGUGUCAAAACCAUUCGCUCUCACCAAUCAUAAGUCUUUGAUGACCUUUAUUCCGGGUAGUCAAACGGAUUGCGACCCGGUUAAAGGCAGAAGGUGCCCCCCUCAAAUCAGCUGAGAAUGUCGAGAUUUUUGCACUGAGACAAUCACGACUUCAAUCAUAAAUCAAAGGGAACGAUGGCCUUUUGAUUACCUCAGGAUAACACACUCAUUAUUAUGCUGUAUAUAUGUGCUUUAGUGGUUCGACAAAAAAACCCAUCUUAAUACAGUUUGAUACAACCAGGUCCUCAGGUGCUAAUAGGAACAAUUCAGCAUACCUCUCGUACGCAGCGUUGGUUCUGCGCUCUCUGAGCAGUGAGCAACACAAAGCAGCGUUUUUUGGGGUUUUUUUUCCCACCAAAGCCAGACUAGUCAACAAAUGGGCUUGACGUAGUGUGUCAUUGUUUACUCUCUGGUCGUGUGUCUGGCUGUCAUUGUGGUCAGCGAACCGCAGUGACACAGCUCUUCUAGGCUGCACACACCUCUCAGAGCUUCGCCUUGAACCUCUUGAAACAGACCUCACACGUUUGCCUAAGUACAUUUAAAGAUCCCCUCCAGAAUUGUUUUAGGAUGUUUCUAAAAUCCGCUACUUGGGAUAAUAAUUUGUGUCUGAUGUGAUUUUUUCCACACACACACAAAAAAUCAUCCUGUUAAAAUCCUCCAGAUGAGCUCUCCUCCCUCUCCCUCAUUUAAAAUUCAAGAAUCUAUGAAUAUGUGAUUCAUUUUCAUUUCCCAAAGUCUAACUGCUUGAGACAAGAGGGUCCCCUGUUUCAGGGCACUGGAGGCUUCAUGUUGCCGUAUCACACCCGUGUAUUCUGAAUAUCGGACCGGGGUUGGCUUCCCAAACAAUCUGUGAUGUCACAAAUUAUACUCGUGAAAUCAGAUAUUCAUUGAGCACCAAUGUGGAAAACUCUCAAACUUAAAUGUUCAGCUGUAGAAAUACAAGAAUUGCCUGGAGGGGGACUUUAAAGAAACUGCACACUAUCAAAGUACAUGUUUGGGAGAAAAGCUGCCUCAACACAGGGUCACACGAGUCGUGCGUGAUGCGUCAGUCCUUGAUUUAUGGGCAGUCGGUGGAUUUUAAUUAGACGUACGUAUUGUGUGUAACUCCCAGCCUGCUUAUCUUCGGCACCCAUAUCUAAAUCACCGUCAAGGGUCAUGUGAAGCAAUAACUCAUUGAUUGAUACAGUACAAGAAGAUUUGUGCAUAUAUAUAUAUAUAUUUUAAUGUCUCAUGUACUAUCAAUGGCACAGUUAUUUCUAUUUGUUUUUUUUUUAUUAACUCCAUUUCUUUUGUCACCUUUAACCUUUCGCCUAUUUUCCCUCCCUGCUUUAAGUAGGUAUUCGACACUCAGGACGGCUUUACAGCUCCCCCACCCCUCUGAUUCCUCAUGAUCAAGUAUCACUGUAUUAUACGCGUGCAUAUAUUUUUAUAGAUUUAUUUUCACUCAUGAUAAUCAUCCUCACAGUGCAGCUGCUCGUGUGCGGCAUGAAAUGAACGAUGCUGUAAGUACAACAUUCCAAAAUCCCUCACACGUUGAUUUUUAUGAAAAAAAGGAAAUGCUUGUGUAACUGUGUUGUAUUAUUGAGGACAGUCUUGUGAUGGCUAAUGACAGGAGAAUGUUUCUGUGUUGUUGUUUUUUUUUUUUUCCACCACAGAACCAACUUCAGUAUGAUAACACUGGUGCCUAUCGCCCUCUAGUGGCGGCGCGUGCACAAGUCGACGGUUUAUAAGUGUUUCUUGCAGAUAAAUCAAUGUAUCUUUCUGAGACCUUUCCAAAUGGAUUGGGUUUUUUUUAAAGCACAAGUGAAACAAAAUAACAAUCAACAUUAAAAACAACAACAAAAA